AUGAUAAUUCCUUUAAAAGCCCAUUUUCAAAGCACGCCUAGUGUCGAACAUGUCGCAGGGAGCGCAAGUUGGGCACAACUGGACCAUUUCGAUCAGUUGAGGCCCCUGCAGGCGCAAGUAGAGUGCCAGAAACAAAAAAUCUACUACGUGUGCGAUAACCCCAACUCCAUCACACUCGAAGUGCGGAAUCCGCACCGGAUAUACAGAAUUCAACGUAUAGUGCUGCGAGGAGCCCAACUUGAGAUCUUGGUUGAGUCUCCCGAAGGCAAAGACGCCCAAGCUGAGGACUGGCAAAAUUGUAUUGCUAUUGAUCUUGCAAACACCGCCGGCGUUUCCUGGGCAAAUACAGGCAGUUGUCGGUGUCUUGAGCUCCAAAAUGGCGCUGCUAUGUUUGUCGCGGAACCCAGCUCAACAGAACCUCACCUUUCGCAGCUGUUUGAUGCUUGUAUGUUAGCACAGUUUGAGCAGAUCCAGCUAUUCAAAGCUGUGACGGCCAGCAUUAUAUCCAUUGUCGGUUCUCAACUCCCGGAUAUCUCGCAGUUGUUGCACAACAGUUACAACUACAAAGACUGGUGCGAGCUCUACAUCCAGGGCGAAUGGACGCGGGUAUUUUGCUAUGUGGAUAAAUCUUCUAAAAGCAAGGGCAAGCACAAAAUAAAGUUCUUUAAAGACGACAAGUCAACGUCCUCGAAGAAUGUGUUGUGUUAUAUUUCAGAGACUGAUUCUGUUGAAGACUUACUUUUCGUUUUGGACCCUGCAAGCAGCUUGACUGAUCCUUCGAACCUGACGCCUAAAUCGGCUGACGAAGUGGAUCCACUAUUUUUGGGCUCAGCUCGAGAUUCCAGGGCGUCAUUGCAUACUUUGCUUGCUGGACUCACGACACUUAGGUACGUGGGUGAAGUCCACUGGCCACCAAAGACCGCUGAGAGAAGCAGGUCUUCCUCUUUAUCGUUUUCUACUCACAAGAGAGCCGGCUCCUCGGGAUCACUAGCCUCGUCACUGGCGUCGACGUUUACGUCACCGAAGAAACACGCGCGCACCAAUUCGACUGUAUCGACUUCGUCAAGCGAUGAGAACCAUGCGAUGUGCGCUACAACCUCGGAACUACUAAUUCGCCCCAUCCCACACAACGGCGUGCAUCGCUUAGAAAGUAUGGUUCGUGCUGCGCUACCGAUGAUGGGUUGUCUGGGUCUAUACGGGAGGCCCCUGUCAUUCAAGACAACCCGUACCGACGCUGACUCGCUUGUCCUUGGACUACCAAGACUGCCCGUGGUUGACUACUUUGCUCGCGAGGAAUUACCAAACUUGUUUGAAUAUUCGCACAACCUGUUGUCACCAUCAGAUCCAUUUUUCAAAUACGUCGCGGCUUACAAGACCUUUUUGCAAGAAAGUUUGAAAGAACCACACCGUGAUUCACGCUCGUUUUCCACACUCUCGGAUGUUCUAGGAUCCGGUGACAAUUCUCACAAUAUGAGCAUUUUCACCAAUUCCUGUUCAACGAGUAGCUCUGCUUUGAUAUGA